CGUUGUUUACAAGAUGUUUUCACAAAAUUGUGGGUACAGACGCACACACGGCUCAAAUGUUUUCAGGUCUACAGUUGUCAGCUAUCGUUCAUGGAGUUAGCAAGAAACUGCGUACCUGCUUGUGAAACCUUUUCGAAACCUUGAAACCUCAAAUGUUAUUCUGGUGAAAAACAUCUCACAAGGAUGGCUCAGUUCAAAAAGAAUUCUUUGAGGCAACUUCUUCCGUCGGUGUUGCGGACUACGUUUCAACAGAAGGAGCGCACAGUAAUUUCGAUAGUUCGGCCAUUCAACGUCUUUCCAAUGGAGGUAUCCGAAGAAUGGGUUACUUGAAAAAAUUCAAGAUGACAAAAAAACGGCCAUUAUUUGUGUUGCUGGAUUCAUCUGGCAAACGGACUGAAAAGAAGUUUUUCGUUCUGCGGGAAUCAUCCUCUGAUAAACCGGCGAUAUUGGAAUAUCACGAAAGCGAAACAAAAUUUCGUAAUAAUUGUCCUCCCAAGAGAAGUUUUGCCAUAACGGCUUGUUUUGCCGUCAAUUCAAAAGAGGAUUGCAAAGAGAAACACGCCAUAUCCGUAUUCACUCUCGGUGAAACAUUAUCUGUAGUGUGCAAUUCCGAACGUGAGCAAUCGGAAUGGCUGCAGGAUUUAUUAGAACUGCAGAAAAGUGGCUUGGGGGAAGAACCGCUUCCGGAAAAUUCACCUCCACUGACACCGCUUUACGAUUACGUAUGGAAUGUCGAUAUCCAACGGCAAGGGCUGGGCCAGACGAAGAAUAUCCUGGGACCGUAUCGCCUGUGCUUAGUUGAUCGGACACUGAAACUCGUUCCCUUGAAUCAUGCAAUGGGAGAAAAUACCUUAGUAUUUCCGUUGGUGAAAUUACGGAAGGUUGGGCAUGUUUCCGAUAAAUCCUUUUUCUACAUUGAACUCGGCCGGCAAGCAUGCACGGGGCCCGGUGACUUCUGUAUGGCAGCCGAGGAUAAGGUGUCUGCGCAACACAUCCAUGAAAUUAUCUCAGAAGCCAUGCGUAAAGGUGGACCACCGGAAGAAAAUGCGCACGUGUCAACUUCUGGACAUCGUCCACGCAGUAAUACGCAAGACUCCAGUCGACCCAAACUUACGCCGGAUAAUCGACGUAAUACAUAUGAGAUAGCGAAAGACAAGGGGCAACUUGGUGGUUUUUCAGAAAGUUUUCGGUCAUCUGGGCAAAACUUAUCCGGAAGUCGGGAGAAAACGGGCUCAGCGGAGCAAAAGCUGCCAGAGUACUUUGUGCCGGAUUUUGCGAGGAGCACCUCCACUAAUGAAGAAAAUUACUUAGCGAUCGAUCGGGAUGCGUCUUACUUACCUUGUGAUUUCCCGCCAAAAAUACCAUCAUCGCCGGAGGUUCCGAUGUUGAAUUAUAGUUCAAUUUCUCGACCCAGGGAGAAUUUUUCGUAUCCACAAGGAUUGUCGCCAACCGGUGAGCAGCGUCCUCCUCUUAGUCUUUCCAUACCCGAGGAACCGGGAGAUUACAUGACAAUUACCAUGCCAAAUGCGUCUUCUCAAGUUGUUCCUGUUUCUGGGGCAGCGGAACAACCUGGUAGUGCAGCUUCUUCCGGUGAAUCUGGAUAUUUCGAGAUGAAUUUACCUCCCAAAUUCCCUGAUGUUCCCCACAAAACUCCUCCCACUGUGGUAUCUCCGCCACCUCCAGAAAAGACCGACGAAGCCGGUGGAUACAUGAUAAUGGCACCCGGCUCGGCGACCUCCUCCGGUAUUUGUGAUUCCCGUCGCAGCACCAUGUCAAAUGCGUCGUACCAGUCGCAUCCCUCCGAUCGAGAAGAAAAUAUUGACCGACUAGGCGAGGUGACCUACGCAGUUAUGGAGGGUCCCAGGAGUCGCAAUCGUGAUUCAGGGUGGGAUAAUUCCAGUUCGUCCUUGUCGUCGUCAUUCGGCUGGGAGCGGAUAAACUCGUUAAGUUCUCGAGCUGAUUUCAAACUGGAAAAGGUUAAAGCUUUUAUUAAUGAGGAUGGAGAAGAUGCACAGUUACGAGAAGCACGGGCGUAUUCUACCGGCUGCCAGUUGCCGAAGGCGUCGAUUACGUCUUUCAAACCGGAGUCUCCGUCGGGUAUGAAUCCUGAAGCGUUUCGUAUUCGAGCAUUUUCACUCGGCAACCAUUCGUCACCAUCCUCCGCUCGCUCUGGACGGAAGGGCGUUGUGCAUUCACCGAGCGCUGUUACGGUGAUGAACAGUGGUUCGAUUACAGCAUCUCCACCGAUGUCGUUGAAUAUCCGAACAGAAGCGCCUAGUACCAGUAAGGCUCUUCAAAUUUCGCCAGAAUCGGAGAGUAGUACGCAUUCUGGAAAGCCUGUAGAUGGUAAGAAAAGCAACGAGUCCCAUGACAGAGAUGAUGAUUUGAUGGAGUUGACAUUCCGUCAGCGAUCUGGAACUUGAAAUCAGGAAAUCCGGUGGAUUGUUUCAGUGGAGUAUCAAGCACGUUAGAUAUUGCGUACAAUGGUUUGAACGUUUUACUUCUGAUUGGAUGUUGAACAAAUUGGCGUAACGGGCUUCUUCUGAUGUCAUUACGGCAACAAAGGCCAGAGUUGUGGCUCAUUUUCUAUUUUAAGUUGGAAUCCAUAGUUUGGGUAAAGUUUCCUGUCCAAGUGUUAUGAUACGGGUGGUUUUUCAGAAUGUGUACGUUUUGAAGGUUUACAUGUCCAGAAUAAAUUUACCAGAAUCUGUA